AUGCUCCUAAUUACGGCCGAUUAUCUGCACUGGUCGACAGUCCAAGAUGAGCAAUUGGCUUGGAGGCAGCAGAGCCUUGCACACAUGGGCUCACAUGGGCAGAAGUUGCCUGCCUCGCUGUUGCUAAGUGCCCAGAGUCAGCAGAGCUUACGUAAGUCUCCUCCAAAGCGUUGCAACUUUCGCUCUGCGACCAUACGGGACUAUGAGAAUCAGCUGCGCGCAUACUCGUCGCGCAAGAAGAUGUUCUGCUACUUUGCCACGAUCAAAGUGAAGAGCAGUGCCGGCAAAUCGAUUAUUCAUAUGACAGCCAAAGAUUUUGUGCGCUCGAUGUCGCCAGGCCUAAGCCAGCCGGAGGGCUUGGGUCUCAACCACUAUAUCACAAUUGAAAAGGACGAUUUGCACAAGCUCCACGUUCGGGGCGUAUCAAAGGACAGCAUAUUCUAUAAACUCCGGCCAGAUGGCAUGGUCACGUAUGCGGACUUCCUUUAUCUGCGCAGCCUGGUGGUCAUGUCGGAGAAAUAUUUCGAGAUGGGCUUCAAGCUGAUUGAUAAGCAAGGCAAGCAAAUGCUCGACAAGAAUGAGAUGAGCCUGCUGUUAUUUGGCAUUCCCGAUGCCUCCCUGAAGAUCACAAGCUCUGUAAAGUAUUAUUUAUUCGGUCCCAAGCUCGACCAGAAGCUGAGCCUAAACCAAUUUCUGCAGUUCAAGCGACAGCUCUUCCACGACAUUAUCCAGCUCGAGUUCAAUAUGCUGAAGAAGAAAUGCUCGAAGAGAGCUGACACCUUAAAUCAUCAGCCCUCACACAAAAUAAGCGAGCUACGCUUUGCCAAUCUGCUGCUCGACUACUCCAGAAUGCCGAAGAGCCGGAAGAAAGAAAGACUCGAGCGCACCCAUAGGCGGUAUCAGAAGAACCCUCAGGGCGUCACUUUCGAAGAGUUCGUGGCCUUCUUCAAGUUCAUUCAGCAUCUGCAUACCAUUGAGACUGCGCUCACCUUUCACUCUCUAACCGGUGCAGGCCUGUCCCGAACGACGUUCAAGCACAUUUCGGAUGUUGUUGUGCGCUCUCCACUUUCCUCUCAUGUUAUCGAUAUCAUCUUCUCAGUGUUCGCCAAUGAGCAGUCCGGGAACUUGCGCUACAAUGAGUUCAUUGAGAUGGCCCGCAAUCGUCUGUCGCGUUGCACAAUAAUUUCCUUUAAGCUGGGACAAGUCUUAUCCAGUAUCUAUAGGUGUGCCGAGAGGACGUAUUUCUGA